AGAUGCUCCCAAAUGUGAAACUGCAACGACUGAAAACCCGGUUGAUAUUUUCCAAAGAACGAACAAUCAAAUGUUUGAAGAUGUAUUACAAAACAGACAAUCAACAUUGGAAAUAUACGAAACCAUUCCAAUGACGAAUGUAUCGCCUUUAUCACCUAUUGCUGACAGUUACCCUCUGCCACAAGACGCACACAUUGUCGAAAACCUGUUUGACUCUGUAAGUGCUUUGAACGUUGAAAAUGUGAACUAUUACGAUACUGUCCAAGAUUCCCAGAACAGCGAUACGGCAUCGUCUGAUGGCGCUGUGGAGGGAACUAACGCACAUCCAGCUACGCACGUUUUGUACGAGAGUCUGCUCGGGACAAGAACCGAUGCGAAUGCACCGUACAACAGUUUAGAAAGCUGCUAGGCGAUUUUACAUCGCACUUCAAAACCAUUUCUAUCAGAUUGCCGAUAGAAAAAAACGAAACUAUAUCAAGCAGCUAAGCGACUUUACAUCGCAUUACACGACAAUAAAAACGUUAAUUCGUUGUUUAGAAAGAACGAUUUAUAUCUAACAUCUGGUAAUUGUAAGAAAACAGUGAUUAAAAAACCUUGGUAGUUCA